AACAAUUUCUAGAUCUUUCCACAACUUUUCAUUAGCAGCUCUUAAAAUCGUUAAAAGCCAUCUUACUCGAUCGAUUAGGAACUAUUCUUUCGUUUCCGAUGGCGACAGAACAAGAAGCUGAAGUUGAAACAGAGACUUCCUCUGUUUCGGGAAGAUUUAUGAGAAACAGAGAUUUAUUCCUUUUCUUGCCUUUUCUCUUAGGCUUCUCUGAUCAAGAAUCAUCAGACGGAGACGAUGCUGCUGUUUCGUCUCGUGAGAGAAUCAUUCUGGUCAACCCUUUUACUCAAGGAAUGAUCGUGCUCGAGGAGUCGUCGGGAUUGAAUCCUCUGCUUCGAGACUUACUUGAAACACGUGAAGAAGGUCAACCUCCAGCGUCCAAGGCUUCCAUCGAAGCGAUGCCGAUCGUUGAUGAUAUCGACGGCUGCGAAGGAGAGUGUGUGAUCUGUUUAGAGGAAUGGAAGACGGAGGAGACGGUGAAGGAGAUGCCGUGUAAGCAUCGGUUUCAUGGAGGAUGCAUAGAGAAAUGGUUAGGGUUUCAUGGUUCGUGUCCUGUUUGUAGGUACGAGAUGCCUGUUGAUGGAGAUGAGGUUGGGAAGAAGAGUAGUGAUGGCAGAGAGAUUUGGGUUAGGUUUAGUUUCGACGGUGGUCGGAGAGUUAGAGAUUCUUCUGGUCAUGACGGUGUAAACAGUGAUGGUGAUGGUAACAUUGUUGGAUCUGAUGGCGCAAGAACUGUUGUUGAGUCUGAGGAUUAGGGUUCAAGAAGAAGGGUUUUGUAGUAACUUGUGCUCUUUUUUUUUGUUGUUCUUGUUCUGGGGAAAGUUAUGAGCUCUUUUUUUUCUUUUCCCAUGAAAAGUUUGGGUUUUUAGUCUUUCCUUCUUUUUUUUCUUCGUCUUUUAUCUAUUUCGUUUCUUGAAUUCAUGUAUUAUAAAGUUGGGGAUUUUCAAGAACUUUUUUUUUCCUUA